UGUCACUUUGGUUUGCCUUUUUCCUCUGUGUCAAAAUCUUCGUUUGUUUUUUUUGAUCUACUCGGACGAUUUUCUUUAUGUUUCCCUUCCCCAAUGCGUCUUUCAAAGGCAAAAGCAAAAAAAAAUCCAUAAUGUUUUGCUUUUUCUGUUGGGUUUUUGAUCUUUAGGCUGUCUUGAUUUGUUUCCUCCAUUUUUUUUCUGCUUAUCUUUUUGAAUUUUCAAAAAUAUUGAAGAUCUUGCUUUUCCUUAUCAGAUUUGAAAAUAUAGUGCGUUUUAUAUUUCUUUUUUUUGGCUAUUUUUUUUCUUUUUUGAUCUUCCUCUGUUUUAAUUUCCAUAAAUUUCUAGAUUUCUUCUCAUCGUGGUUCGGGUGUAUCUUAGCUCCCGAGCUUUUAUACGUUCGUGUUUUAGAGGAUGUAACCAAAAAAUGUGGGAGAAAGGAUAUAUUUCUCUAUGUAAAAUUCUUUCUUAAGCCACGUUCUUUCUUUCUCCUUCGAGAGGAGCUUCCGUUGCAAAGAUCCAGAAAGAGGAGAAAAUCAUCAUUUGGUUGAACCUUUCUGUUUCUUAGGUCUAAAAGAUAGUGGCCUUCUUGUCCACAUUCAUCAAGGUUUAUCCGGUUUCCUUCUGCCGUGAUUCCAUUUGUUCUCUCUGAUAGUAAAUUGAAAACCAAAACCAUGGUUGUAGCUGCUGCUGCUGCCAUUUUUGCAGCUGCCACGGCCUUGAUUUCACCAGAUGUCUACCGGUUUAAGCCCAAGGCGGCGCUUGCAUCUGGCCCUAACAACUUGAGUGCAAACGGGAUCAAACUAAAACCAAAUGCUGGUGGGAUUCAGGUUAAGACAAAUGCCCAUGCAGCUCCAAAAAUCAACGGUAGCAAGGUGGUGUUCACGACAACUGACAAUGGCAAGGCUGCAGGUCUGAUGGAUGAGGAUGAGUUUCCUUCUUAUUCAUCUUCUUCACAGCAAGGGAAAACGAUUAUCAAUCAAUUGCCAGAUUGGAGUGUGUUGCUUGCUGCGAUAACAGCGAUGGUUUUAGCUGCGGAGAAGCAAUUAAUUAAUUUUGACUGGAAGCCGAAGAGGCCGGACAUGCUGAUGGAAACAUUCGGGUUUGGGAGAAUAGUUCAUGACGGAUUUGUGUUUAGGCAGAAUUUUCCUAUUAGGUCUUAUGAAAUUGGAGCAGACAGGACGGCUUCCAUAGAGACAUUGAUGAAUCAUCUACAAGAAACAUCUCUCAACCAUGUCAAGCGCGCCGGACUCUUGGGAGAUGGUUUUGGUUCAACACCUGAGAUGUCUAAGAGAGGUUUAAUAUGGGUUGUCACUCGCAUGCAGAUUGUUGUUGACCGAUACCCAUCAUGGGGUGAUAUUGUUGAGGUGGAUACAUGGGUUGGCUCAUCAGGAAAGAAUGGCAUGCGUCGUGAUUGGUGUGUACGUGAUUGUAACACAAGAGAAACUGUGGCAAGAGCUACCAGUGUCUGGGUGAUGAUGAAUAAAGGAACAAGGAAAUUGUCAAAAAUGCCAGAUGAAGUGAGAGGAGAAAUAGGGCCUUAUUUCUUUGAGGCUGCACCUAUCAUUGAUGAGGAUGGUGGGAAAUUGCCUAAACUUGAUGACACAACUGCAGAUGGCGUUCGAACUGGCCUAAUGCCUCGUUGGUACGAUCUGGAUGUCAACCAACAUGUUAACAAUGUCAAAUACAUAAACUGGAUACUUGAGAGUGCACCAAUAUCCAUUCUUGAAAGCUAUGAGUUGGCGAGUAUGACCCUCGAGUAUAGGCGGGAAUGUGUACGUAAUAGCAUUGUGCAGUCGCUGACAAGCUUAUCUGAUAAGGAAACACCCAGUUCUGGUUUGGAGUGCACCCACUUGCUUCGGCUGGAAGAUGGGGCUGAGCUUGUACGAGGACGAACUCAAUGGAGGCCUAAGCACAAAGGCCCGCAUUGAAGCCUGAAGUUGUUCUAUUUGUUGGCAUGAUACAGGUUUUGCUUGCCAGGACUUGCACCUUGGCACGUGUUACUGUAAUUUCCAUUGCUCUGUAGAAUAUUUGACCUUGUUAUAUAAUAUAUAUAUUUUCCUA